AUGUUAAAAUUAUUCAACAAAGAAAAGAAGAAAGCACCUUAAAUUCAAAAUGUGCUUACUGUUGAGGAAUUUUUCAAGAGAGACGAAUAUGAGAUCAAUGAGGAGUUUUGGAAAAUGAAUGCCACUUAACUCGAAGAAACUUGCAAGAAACAAGAAAAGUAUAUAAAAAAAUUGAAAACCUUGUAUGUGGCACAUUUAGAUUAUCUUGAGCAAUUGUUGAUAAAGCAUGAGGAGGAGAAGAAGAAACUAAGAACAGAAAUAGAAGAAUGGCAAAUAAAAAAUUAAAGCAAUUUUGAACUAAAACAACAGAUUGAAGCCUAAUAUAAAUAGAUGUACGAAUAGUUUUCUACUCAAUCUCUGCAAUAGAAGUAACCUCAAAUUAUGGAGGAACACAAAUAGGAGCCACAAAAUGUAGACUUGUUAGAUUUAGUUGAGCCAAAGGAAGAGGAAAUCGAAAGACUGCGAUUAUAGUGCAUAAAAGUAUGCGAAGAGAUGAGAAGAUUGCAAGAGGAUAAUGAUGAUUUAAGCACUGCUUUGGAGGUAGAGAAAUAGCAUAAAGAGUAAUUAAGACAAUAAUUUGAAUAAUAAAAAGGCUAAUUGUAAUAAGAGAUAUCUGAGUUACAGAUUAAAAUUAAAAAUAUACAAGAUGAAGGAUAGUUAAAUACUUAAAAAUUAGAAGAUAGAAUAAGGAAUUAAAGGGAUUUAGAAUUAAAUGCAUCUGAUUUAAAUACAAAGAUUCAUGAGUUGGAUAGUAAAUUGUUAUAAGAAAAAAUUAAGGUUGAUUCAAAAAACAAGGAUUGUAUUCGAUUGGAAGAUUAAGUUAAUGAAUUAAAAAGUUAGAUUGAGUAAAUGUCGAAUUAAAUAAAUAUUUAAAAAAGUAAAUUGCAAUUAUUAGAAUCAAAAAGAUAGAAGGAUAAAGUUACAAUCAAUGAGUUAAAAAAUAACAUCACUCUUUCACAGAAUAACAUUGAAUUAAUCUAGUUUCAACAUAAAAAUGAGAUUUAAAAUUUGAAUUUGCAAUUCAAUGAAUUAUAAUUAAAAAGCAAUCUAUAUGAGUAACUCAAAGUGCAGUAUGAUUAACUGCAAAAUUAGUUAAUGGACAAGAAUGUAAAGGUGCAAUAAUUAUUUCAUCAGAUUUCAGACAUGGAAUAAUAGAUAGAAUAAAAGAAUAAAUAGUAAUAAAGUAGAGAUGAGAAACAGACAUAGAAGGAAGUUGAAAGAGAAAACUUGAUCUAGCAUCUCACUCUUAAGAGAGAGAAUGCCAGAGUGGAAAUUGAGUAGUUGAAUGACAAGAUCAUAUCUUUAAUGAAAUUAGUGGAUUCCAUCAAGAACAAGGCUUCGUAAAACAAUGACAUUUAACAAAUUAUUAAGCAUAAUUCAGAUAUUCUAAACAAAUCUGAAGUAUUGCAGAAAAGCAAUCGAAGAGUAUAGUUAUUUCCGACACUCCACAAGUGUUUAACUGAAUUAAGAAAAUUGGAAGAUAAAUGUUACAAAUUAUACAUUUAGACUAUGAUUUCUGACUUUUAGAAUAAGGACUCUAAUAUUUAGAUAGAAAGGUACUUAAAUGAUAUCGGGAGGAGAUCUCAAGACAUUCUAGAUCUAUUAGAUGAAAUGGGUUUGAAAUGAAAUAAUACAUUAUUAUUAACAAUCAUUUGUAGAUUUAUAUUA